UGAUAGGAAUUUAAAGUAUUCUACACGCUUUAUCUAAAGCUUGAAAACGAUCAUGUCUGCAUCAUUCUUCGGUUUGCUCUGUUUCGUCCUUACUGUUGCAUUUGUAACAAAUGACAAAGUGGAAGAAAUUGAAAAAUUAUUGAAAGAAAUCUGUACAGAGGACGAAGAAAUAGAAAAAUGUGUAAAUGGUAUCAAAUUUUCAAAAGAGUAUCAGGAUGUAGCUAAGAAGUGCUGCGAACAGCCGUCUUUAGAUGGGGAUGGUCUCCAGAAAUCUCUUUGUGAAUCGGACUUAGAAACUUUGUUAGAGUGCUACAAAUGCGUUGAAGGAAAAUUAGGACCAGAGACUGUUAAAGAGUUCCAGCCUUUGAUGGACUGUGCUAAAAAAGAGAGAAAAUAAUGCAAUUUCUACAAAUCUCAAAGUACCGACAUUUUAUGAAUUAAUUAAUGGCUAUUCAACUGCUAGUUCAAGUUUAAUAUUUAUCUUGUUUAUUUCUAUGUGUAGUGAAAAAUAAAUGAAAUAAACUAGUUUAUGCAUGCA